AUGGCUCGAACCAAGCAGACGGCGAGGGCUUCCACCGGCGGGAAGGUACCACGCCGCGCUAUCGCCACUAGGGCCGCCCGCCGUUCAGCGGGCGUGUGGCGACAGAACGGCCAGGACGUCACCGAAAGGGCGUCUCAUGGCGUGAAUUGCCCUUUCAUCGACUUCGAAGACCCAAGUAAUGCCGAACAUCUCCCUGACCUUUGGGAGCACGCGGGACGUUCCGACGUCUCCGCGCUUCGGUACCAAGUAAGAAAUGGUUCUUUCCGAAUCAAAUAUAAGGAAGUGGGCAACUGGGCGUCCGUCGUAGCGGCCGUAUCUGCCGCCGGGGCCCGGCUUCUCUUCGAGGCCCAUGUGUUGGCCUUCGUAUCGGCCCGCCUCGCUCGCAAGGCAUGGUUCACCUCCGACCGCUGCUACCGGCUGGGGCUCACCGAGAGUCACAGCGACGGGACGGAGUACACCUGCUGCGACGACCCAGAGUGGGUCGUCGAAUUUGUCUGGUACUCUGAUGGCGGUAACGGCGAGGUCAAGGGUUGCCACUACGCCGUCGGAGAGGGGAGUCCAGAGAAGUACAUGAUACUUCUCUACACGAUGACCUUCGAUCGCGUGCCCUCUGCGAACGGCACCGCCCGCCGGGGCUUCAACUCUUCCUUCGGUAAGGAGUGCUCAACGCGUAUGGACGCUAUUCUGGCUAUCGACAAUUGGUGUAGCCAGAAUGAGAGGGAAGAGGAAGCGAGUGAACUUUGCUAUGUCACGCGUCUCCCCACUCGCUUCCCGGUACCUUUGCACGUCCCGGACCGUAGCGUUCCAAGACAAUACCGUCUUGUGCAUCCGGUCUGCGGUCUGCAACGCUAUGUUCCUUGUCGUUGGUCGCGGUGCUGCUGA